AGGGCGACCAGGGGAGGCUUUGGAUAACUGAUGGGUGGAUCCCCAGCCAACUUUCAAGCCCCGUGAUUUGCUAAUCGGAGUAUGUUUCUCUUGUCAUUUUUUUCUGUAAUACAGGGUCUGGGUCCAGCCCUUUCGACGGUGAGGCGAUCGAGAGCUCCAAGACUCAUUGUGAUUAAAGCCCAAAUCCCUUCAGUCCGAAGGCUGGGCACAAGGAAAGUAGAAUCGAAGGGGGCCUGGCGAAACCAAAUACCCUCACCUAUGGCUGUUUAGAGUACAUCGGGCACAUUUGGGAUUGUAGAAGGGAUAUCAUUUUAAAUCAAACACAGGUCAUCCCUGGUUUUAUGCACAUUUGUGGGCGCCCGACCAUGGAGAGGCCAAGGUGGUCCCCAAUGUGGAAAACGAAAAGGUGGCUUUUGGAUUCCACUAUUACCAAAUUCAUCACAGUUGCAUCCCUCGUCCUGGUUCUGCAAGCUCCAAAUGUCAGAGCAGCAGAACCUGUGGAUGUCCUAAAAGUAUUAGAAUUUCCCUCUGUCCCAGAAGGAGUACAGAAAACUUCAGGAUUUUGCACGAACCGAAGAGCAUCACAGCCAGACACUGCCUACAAAGUAGGCAAAAAUGCCCAGAUCAGUGCCCCAACCAAGCAGCUUUUCCCAGAUGGUGUGUUCCCAGAGGACUUUUCCAUCCUAACCACCAUCAAGCCCAAAGCCGGGAUCCAGUCCUUCCUUUUGUCCAUCUACAAUGAGCAAGGUAUCCAGCAACUAGGUGUCGAGGUGGGCCGCUCCCCUGUCUUCCUGUAUGAAGAUCAGACGGGCAAACCUGCCACAGAGGAUUACCCCCUGUUCCGCUCCCUCAACCUGGCCGAUGGAAAAUGGCAUCGUGUGGGCAUCAGUGUUGAGAAGAAAAGCGUAACCAUCGUUGUUGACUGUAAGAAGAAGUUGACAAAGCCUUUGGGCAGGAGUGACAAUGCUGGUAUUGACACCAAUGGCAUAACCGUUUUCGGCACCAGGAUUCUGGAUGAGGAAGAUUUUGAGGGUGAUAUCCAGCAACUGCUGAUUCUUGCUGAUCCUAAAGCAGCCUAUGACUACUGUGAACACUACAGCCCAGACUGUGACGUCCCCCACAAGGACACGCUGCAAGCACAGGAAGCCGAGGAGGAGUACACAACUGCUGUUGAAUAUGAUGAUUUAUAUGAUUAUUAUGACGGAGCAACCCCCACAGCAACAAAAUCUGAACAUUCUGAGCCGCAGAUUAACAAUGUAGAUGGGGAGUUCUAUACAGACAGUGAAAUUGACUACGAGACAGAUGCUUCCAAAACUCGGUCUCCUGUCGCAACCACUGGACCAAACCAGUCUGUGGAAGAGGAAGUUCUCGGUGAAUAUGUCACUGAGACUGCCCAGUCUGGUCUGGAUCCGACCGAUGCCCCGGAGGCUGUGCUGCCCAGUGGCACCGCCGACACAGUUGGAGUGGAUGCGUAUGACUUUAAGGAGUAUGAUCUUAAGGAAUAUGACGUGACGGGGCUUGAUAAAAACCAAUAUGAGUAUGGGGCAUACGAUGAGUUUGGCAAUGUGGCUCCAAAUCCUACGGCCACUUAUGAGGACAAUUUUGGGCCAGGGUUUGCCGCAGAAACUGACAUAGCUGAGACCGAAGUAAAGUCAGAUAUGGGUGGAGGUGCUCUUCUGGGACAGAAAGGAGAGAAGGGAGAGCCUGCAGUGAUUGAGCCGGGAAUGCUGAUUGAGGGAACUGCUGGUCCACCUGGCCCUGCUGGUCUUCCAGGCCCUUCAGGUUUACAAGGCCCUCCUGGUCCAGCCGGAGAUCCCGGGGACAGGGGUCCUCCUGGUCGUGCUGGUCUUUCCGGAGCAGAUGGUGUGCCAGGCCCUCCUGGUACUAUGCUGAUGCUGCCAUUCCGUUUCGGUGGUGAUGGUGAAAAGGGCCCAGUUGUGUCAGCUCAGGAAGCCCAAGCUCAGGCCAUCCUCUCCCAGGCUCGGCUUGCCAUGAGAGGUCCACCUGGUCCAAUGGGUCUCACCGGAAGGUCUGGCCCAGUGGGUCUUCCAGGCCCUUCUGGACUGAAGGGAGAAUGUGGAGACCCUGGUCAUCAGGGUCCGAGGGGAAUCCAAGGCCCAGCGGGGCAAAUGGGAAAACCUGGCAAGAGGGGGCGCGCUGGAGCUGACGGGGCACGUGGAAUGCCUGGAGAAUCAGGAUCCAAGGGUGACAGAGGAUUUGAUGGGCUUCCUGGUCUGCCUGGAGAGAAGGGACACAGGGGUGAGAACGGUCCUCCUGGCCCUAUUGGAUCUCCCGGAGAAGACGGACCAAGAGGAGAAGAUGGAGAGAUCGGACAAAGAGGAUUGGCGGGUGAGAGUGGGCCUCGAGGUUUGCUCGGUCCUAGAGGCCCUCCUGGACCACCUGGGCAACCUGGCAUUGCUGGUGUUGAUGGCCCACAGGGUCCCAAAGGAAACAUGGGACCUCAGGGAGAGCCAGGCCCUCCGGGACAGCAGGGGAUCCCAGGAACACAGGGUCUUCCAGGUCCACAGGGCCCCAUCGGACCACCUGGAGAAAAAGGUCCUCAUGGAAGGUCUGGUUUGCCUGGAUUGGCUGGUGCUGAUGGUCCUCCUGGGCAUCCUGGAAAGGAGGGUCCACCCGGAGAGAAAGGAGCUUUGGGCCAGCCUGGUCCCCAGGGCCCCAUUGGCUAUCCAGGCCCUCGCGGUGUGAAGGGUGCUGAUGGCAUUCGUGGUCUAAAGGGAGGAAAGGGAGAGAAGGGUGAGGAUGGUUUUCCAGGUUUCAAGGGAGACAUGGGCAUCAAAGGCGACAGGGGUGAGCUUGGAUUGGCUGGACCGAGAGGUGAGGAUGGACCAGAGGGCCCGAAGGGUCGUGCAGGCCCCAAUGGUGAAUCUGGUCCAUUGGGACCUGCUGGAGAAAAGGGCAAACUCGGUGUUCCAGGAUUGCCUGGUUAUCCAGGACGUCAAGGGCCAAAGGGUUCGACUGGUUUCCCCGGAUUCCCAGGAGCCAAUGGAGAGAAAGGAGCCAGGGGUGUGGCAGGGAAAUCCGGCCCAAGGGGGCAGAGAGGUCCAACGGGUCCCCGUGGUGCUCGUGGUGCCAGAGGACCGACAGGAAAAUCAGGCCCUAAGGGAACAGCAGGCAGUGACGGCCCACCUGGUCCACCUGGGGAGAGAGGACCUCAAGGGCCCCAGGGUCCAGUUGGUUUCUCAGGACCAAAGGGCCCUGCUGGACCACCUGGAAAGGAUGGGCUGCCUGGUCACCCUGGCCAGCGAGGAGAGACGGGUUUCCAAGGCAAAACUGGCCCACCAGGACCAGGAGGUGUUGUCGGACCCCAGGGUCCAAAUGGAGAGACCGGCCCCAGUGGUGAGAGAGGACAUCCUGGACCCCCGGGCCCUCCCGGAGAGCAAGGUCUCCCAGGUGCUGGUGGGAAAGAAGGUGCAAAGGGAGAUCCAGGUCCUCAGGGCAGUUCUGGAAAAGACGGCCCCCCUGGAUUGAGAGGGUUCUCAGGAGAGAGAGGUCUACCUGGUGUGACGGGUCCACCUGGUUUGAAAGGAGCAGAGGGCCCUCAGGGUCCCCCCGGCCCUGUUGGUUCGCCUGGUGAGAGAGGAGCUGCGGGACUUGCUGGUCCCAUCGGUCUGUCUGGACGCACUGGACCUCAGGGACCCCCAGGACCUGCUGGAGAGAAGGGUGCACCGGGAGAGAGAGGCCCUUCAGGUCCAGCUGGUCGGGAUGGGGUCCAAGGUCAAGUGGGUUUGCCGGGUCCAGCCGGACCACAGGGACCACCUGGAGAAGAUGGUGACAAGGGAGAAGUUGGUGAACCAGGCCAGAAGGGAGGCAAAGGUGACAAGGGUGAACAGGGUCCUCCAGGUCCACCUGGUCUUCAGGGAACUGUUGGAGCACCUGGUCCUGCUGGUGCAGAUGGAGAACCAGGUCCUCGUGGGCAACAGGGUAUGUUUGGACAGAAGGGAGAUGAAGGAUCCAGGGGUUUCCCUGGACCACCUGGUCCCAUUGGUCUGCAGGGUCUUCCUGGACCAUCUGGUGAGAAAGGAGAAAAUGGAGACGUUGGGCCUAUGGGUCCCCCUGGUCCACCUGGUCCUAGAGGCCCUCAGGGUCCUGCUGGUGCUGAUGGUCCACAAGGUCCUCCAGGUGGAAUAGGAGGAAUGGGAUCAGUUGGUGAAAAGGGUGAGCAAGGCGAAGCUGGCAAUCCUGGACCUCCUGGAGAGCCUGGACCUGGGGGCCCAAAAGGUGAGAGAGGAGAGAAGGGCGAAUCUGGUCCCCCUGGAGCCGCCGGACCCCCAGGUCCCAAAGGACCGCCCGGAGAUGAUGGACCAAAGGGUAACCCUGGCCCUGUUGGUUUUCCUGGAGACCCAGGUCCACCUGGUGAACCAGGUGUUGCUGGAAUAGAUGGUGGCUCUGGAGAGAAAGGAGAAGAUGGAGAUGCUGGUCAACCUGGGCCUCCUGGUCCAUCUGGAGAAGCUGGCCCACCAGGACCACCUGGCAAGAGAGGACCCCCAGGGGCUGGCGGAGCUGAAGGCAGACAAGGAGAGAAGGGCGCCAAGGGUGAGGCAGGAGCAGAAGGUCCUCCAGGUAAAACUGGACCAGUUGGCCCUCAGGGUCCUGCUGGAAAGCCUGGUCCCGAAGGACUUCGAGGAAUCCCCGGCCCAGUGGGUGAACAAGGACUUCCUGGUGCUCCCGGACAAGAUGGCCCACCUGGACCAAUGGGACCUCCUGGCCUCCCUGGCCUGAAAGGAGACCCCGGCUCUAAGGGUGAGAAGGGUCACCCCGGACUAAUUGGUCUCAUUGGACCCCCCGGUGAGCAGGGAGAGAAGGGAGAUCGGGGUUUGCCUGGUCCUCAGGGUCUUGCCGGCAGUAAGGGUGAUGCUGGUAUCAGCGGUGCACAUGGCCCCAUUGGUCCACCUGGUCCUCCUGGAUUGCCUGGUCCACAAGGGCCGAAGGGAUCCAAGGGCACAACUGGUCCCGCUGGUCAGAAGGGAGACACCGGGACAGUCGGACCUCCUGGUCCUCCUGGUCCACCUGGUGAGAUCAUCCAGCCUCUGCCUUUCCAGAUGCCCAAGAAGUCCCGUCGUUCUGUUGACAUGCAAGCAGAUGAAGCCUUGUUAUAUUAUGGAGAGGGCAUGGAGGACAUAUUCAGCUCCUUAAAUAAUCUCAAACAGGAUAUUGAGCACAUGAAGUACCCCAUGGGCACGCAGAACAACCCGGCAAGAAGCUGCAAAGACCUGCAGCUCGCUCACCCAGAGUUCCCAGAUGGUGAAUACUACAUCGAUCCUAACCAGGGAUGCUCUGGGGACUCCUUCAAAGUGUACUGCAACUUCACAGCGGGAGGCGAAACCUGCAUCUUCCCUGAUAAAAAGUCAAAUGGAGUGAGGAUAUCUUCAUGGCCCAAAGAGGUUCCCGGCUCCUGGUUUAGUGAAUUUAAGCGUGGCAAAAUGCUUUCAUACAUGGAUGCAGAGGGCAAUUCAAUAAACAUGGUGCAAAUGACGUUCCUCAAACUACUGACAGCCUCCGCCAGGCAAAACUUCACCUACAACUGCCACCAGUCGGUAGCUUGGUACGACGCAACUACGGAGAGCUACAAUAGGGCACUACGCUUCCUCGGCUCCAACGAUGAGAUGUCUUACGACAACAACCCCUUCAUCAAGGCUCUGUCAGACAGCUGUGCGUUGCGGAAAGGCUACGGAAAGACUGUACUGGAGAUUAACACUCCCAAAAUCGAUCAGGUUCCCAUCGUCGAUGUAAUGUUCACUGACUUUGGGGAUCCCAACCAGAGGUUUGGAUUCGAAGUUGGUCCAGUCUGCUUCCUUGGCUAAAAAGAAGAAGAAGAAGAAAAAAACAGACAAAGAAAAUAAACAACAAUAACGUGGCAGGGUAGGACGGGUUAGCGCACGAGUCAAGACUUUUUUUAUUGCUAUCACCAAACACAUCGAGUCCCCGUUCCUGCCACAUGCAAGUUUUGAAUACAAAAAAAUGGGGUUGCGAACAUGUCUUGCCAUGUAUGUAUGUAUUACCUAGGAAAAUACUUGUUGCCCUUGUGGGGCAAGAAUCACAUGACAUGAAACCUGUUAUGGAACAAAAGUUGAAGGACAACGUCGAGCCAAGGUAAACGGUGAACCUGGGAGGUCCACAAGUCAGAUGGAAGAAGGGAAGACCUCUCAUCUGGAGUCUAUCAGUGCAGUACAAAACAAUACAACAACGACAACAAUGGUGCUUGUUCAAAAUACAAAAAAAGAGGUGCUAUGAGAGAGAGGAUGUAUUUUAAUAAAACUGUAAUUAAUAUUUUGUACAUUAUUGUUAUUUCUGAAUCCACUUUCAAAACUUGCAUGAGUAUCACAAUUGUAUAUGGCUCUUAAAUUCAAAAGUCCUCACAAACAUUUAUAAGUUAUAGAAUAAAUAAAGAAUUUAAUAAUGAGAUUUUGUGGAUGAAUACUGUGUACUUAUUAUUGAGCAAAUAAAAGACUGCAUUCAAACAGUUCCCUAUUAUUAAUUGUAAUGUAAGUCCUUUGUAUAUAUUGAGUAUCCUGAAGUUACUUGCAGUCCUCAGCAAACACAAGAGGAAGAUUCACCAGCACAUGCAAAGCAACAUUUCACUAAUGUGCUUGAUUUAAUAAUGGUGCCAUUCAUUCACUUUAAUUUAAUUGUUUGUUAUUUUUUGGUUUUAAGAUUUGAUUUUCAGUUGUAGUUUGGUCAUAUACCUCAAUCUAUCUUGAAAACCAUACCGAUGCGAGGAUGGUGUGCCCUGUAUAUACCUUGGUUAUACAGUUCAAUGUAUACAAUUUGGGUGGGAAUUUAUUAAAUUUUUGGGGGGAAUUAUACAUAUCUGUUAAGCCUCUUUUCAUCUGAAACCUUCUGUGAAUGCAAUGAUAAGGCCUUUUCGGUGACCCAUUUUUGUAACUAAAGUGAGAAAUUGAUUAAAUGUGCUUUUUAUGGUUCAUUUCAUUAUUAAAAAUUGUAUUCCAA